AUGGCUGGCCACGAAGAAGAAGGGGCACAACUGCUACCUCUCGAGGGCCAGAAGAGAGAUCGAAAAUCCGAAGAAUCAAUCUUCUCAGCGUCAACCACGAGCCUGGUGUUUGAACGUAUCGGCGAACGAGCAGACUCAGGAAAUGGGUAUUCGGUGAACGGCGACAGCAAGACGGUCACUCCCAAAUUCUCUCCUCGAGGCGAUUCUGUAGCAUACGCAGACGACGAGAACAUGCGCCACCCUUACGAAGAAGAGAAAGAGGAGGAUGACCUCGAAAGCGGCCCUUUCAUUAACACGGGCGUGAACAAGACAAUAGACAAGAAGUUCCGCAAAUUAAUGUGGAUCAUUGGAGGGUGCUUCAUUGGGGCAUGGCUCCUUGCACUUGUGGUUUUUCUAGGGCAGCAAGCUUACCGACAUCCAUCCGAAUCUCCUCACGAUCCCGCUGCAACUUCAGUUCGAGGCCAUGGGAAGAAGGUUACACUAGACCAGGUCCAGUCAGGGCAAUGGCGGGCAACAAAGCACGAUAUCAGCUGGAUACAAGGAGCAAAUGGCGAAGACGGGUUACUCCUUGAACAGAAUGUUGGUGGAAAAGACUAUCUAAUAGUGGAAGAUAUAAGAGGGACUACUGGUGACGACAACAAAGCAUUGGCCACGAAGACCCUGAUGACCCGCGGUUAUUUCGAAUACAAGGGCAAAGGAUAUAACCCCAGCAAAGUGUUUCCAAGCAAAGAUUUGAAGAAAGUCCUCAUUGCAACAGAUGUUCAAUCGAAUUGGAGACACUCUUUCUACGCGAAAUAUUUCAUAUUUGAUGUCGAGAAGCAGACUGCAGAAGCUCUGGACCCGGCGAAUAUAAAUGGCCGGGUACAAUUAGCCAGUUGGAGUCCACAGAGUGAUGCUAUCGUUUUUACAAGGGACAACAAUUUGUUUUUGCGAAAGCUCAACUCAGAUAGCGUCAUCCAAAUAACGAAAGACGGGGGCCCAAACUUCUUUUACGGAGCACCCGAUUGGGUCUACGAGGAAGAAGUCUUUGGUACUAACAGUGCCACCUGGUGGGCCGAGGAUGGAAAGUAUGUUGCUUUCCUCCGAACCAAUGAAUCGGAGGUGCCAGAGUAUCCCAUUGAAUACUUCGUCUCUCACCCAAGUGGCGUUCGUCCAGAACCAGGGGAAGAAAACUAUCCUGAGGUCAGACAGAUCAAAUACCCUAAAGCCGGAGCCCCAAACCCCACAGUUGAUUUGCAAUUCUACGAUGUCGGCAAGGGGGACGUCUUCGAAGUGAAGAUUGCUGAUAGCUUUGCGCCUGACGAUCUGCUUAUUACCGAGGUUGUAUGGGCUGGAUCGACUGGCAAAGCGCUCAUCCGCGAAAGCAACCGUGAAAGUGAUGUAUUGAGGGUCGUUCUGGUCGACGUGGAAUUGCGUACUGGAAAGACAGUGCGGACCCAGGAUGUUCAGAAACUUGAUGGUGGUUGGUUUGAGGUGUCUCAGAAAACCAGAUAUGUCCCUGCAGACCCUGCAAAUGGUCGACCGCAAGAUGGCUACAUUGAUACUGUCAUUCACGAUAACUAUGAUCAUCUUGGAUAUUUCACGCCUUUGGAUAAUCCCACUCCGAUCAUGCUCACUUCAGGAAACUGGGAAGUUGUUGAUGCGCCUUCUGCUGUGGAUUUAAAGAAGAAUUUGGUAUAUUUUGUUUCGACCAAGGCUUCUUCGAUCCAACGGCAAGUCUAUAGCGUUAAGCUCGAUGGUACGAAUCUUCAGGCCUUGACGGAUGAGACUAAAGAGGGAUACUAUGGGGCUUCUUUCUCCAGUGGUGCAGGGUACGCACUUGUGAAUUAUGACGGUCCGAACAUCCCGUGGCAAAAGGUCGUCAGCACGCCUAGCAAUUCCGACCACUAUGAAAAAGUCAUUGAGGAAAAUCCAGUGUUGGCAGAUCUUGCCAAGACCCACGAGCUCCCAAUCAAGAUUUUCUCGACGGUCAAUGUUGACGGGUUCGAAUUAAAUGUGGUAGAACGGCGGCCACCUCAUUUCAGCGAGAAGAAGAAGUACCCAGUGUUGUUCUUUCUCUAUGGUGGCCCUGGCUCUCAAUCAGUCUCCAAAGGCUGGUCCGUGGACUUCCAAGCAUAUAUCGCUUCAAGUCUUGGAUAUAUUGUGGUCACUGUUGAUGGUCGUGGCACUGGGUUCAUCGGGCGAAAAGCUCGCACAAUCAUUCGGGGUAACAUUGGGUACUACGAAGCCUAUGAUCAAAUCGAGACUGCCAAAAUUUGGGCUGCGAAGAAGUACGUUGAUGCUUCGAGAAUGGCAAUUUGGGGGUGGUCGUAUGGUGGAUUUAUGACACUGAAGACUCUUGAGCAAGAUGCUGGGCAGACAUUUUCGUACGGCAUGGCUGUUGCGCCAGUCACCGAUUGGCGAUUCUACGACUCCAUUUACACGGAACGGUACAUGCAUACACCACAACAUAACCCAGACGGUUACGACAACUCGAGUAUUAGCAACGCGACAGCAAUAGGGCAAAAUGUGCGAUUCCUAGUAAUGCACGGGGUCGCCGACGACAAUGUGCACAUGCAAAAUACUUUGACCCUUCUCGACAAGCUAGACUUGGCUGGGGUGGAGAAUUACGAUGUCCAUGUUUUCCCAGACAGUGAUCAUUCCAUUUAUUUUCACAAUGCGAACAGAAUUGUAUAUGACAAACUGAGCAAUUGGCUGAUCAACGCUUUCAACGGCGAGUGGCUCCGCACGUCAAAUGCAGUGCCCUUGCAGAUUGAUGCAGCGUCGGAAUAA